AAAAGAAUAAGGAGCGCCAGCGCCAAACGCUCGGAGUCUAUACAACGGCUAGUAUCCAACGUUCAAAAUUAACAACUUUAUAAAUUUAUUCUUGCUACACUCCUCUUCCCCAAUAGCAUCGUCUCCAUUUGCUUCCUCCCGUAUAUCUACUCUGCCCUCUUUCUCUCUGUUUCUCUCCCUCACUCUCUCUCUGCCGCUCUCAUCCUCCAGUUCUCUCUCUCCGGUGCUUCACUCUGCCAUCUACCUGGAGGCGGAGGCAACAUUCACAUCUGCUGCAAAUCGACCCAUACAGCCAAUUCUUUCCCACUUUCUGUAGAUUUGAACAAUGAUGCAGGAUACGUGGACCGGGCCUCCCGGCUUCCGACCGACCAAAUCUGCGCCUUCUUCGCCGGCCAAGCCACUGGCCAUAUCAAGAACUCGCUCGGAUUCAUUUCACGCCAUUCAUAAAGUCCCAGUAGGGGACACUCCGUACGUGCGAGCUAAAAACGUUCAGUUGGUGGAGAAGGAUCCGGAGAGAUCAAUUCCCCUGUUCUGGGCCGCCAUAAAUGCAGGGGAUAGGGUGGACAGCGCGCUGAAAGAUAUGGCGAUUGUGAUGAAGCAACAGAAUCGGGCUGAAGAAGCCAUUGAAGCCAUCAAGUCGUUGAGAGUACGGUGCUCGGACCAAGCCCAGGAGUCUCUCGACAACAUUCUUUUGGAUCUCUACAAAAGAUGCGGGAGAUUGGAUGAUCAGAUCGGUUUGUUAAGACACAAGCUUUGCCUAAUCCAACAUGGAAUGGCUUUCAAUGGUAAACGCACCAAAACCGCCAGGUCUCAGGGGAAGAAGUUUCAGGUCUCUGUAGAACAGGAAGCAACUAGAUUACUGGGAAAUUUGGGUUGGCCAUUGAUGCAACAAGACAAGUACACAGAAGCAGAGGACGCAUACAGAAGGGCACUUGCAAUCGCACCAGACAGCAACAAAAUGUGCAACCUGGGGAUAUGCCUGAUGAAGCAAGGCCGAAUCAACGAGGCGAAGGACACUCUCCGGCGAGUGUCGGAGGGUCCCCGGGGGAUCGAUUCCCAUCUCAAGGCCUACGAGAGAGCUCAGCAGAUGCUCAAGGACCUGGAAUCCGAAAUGAUGAACAGCGGGGCAGGGGAUGUAGCUGAAUGGAGCAGAUUGUUCAACGCCUUUCUGGGCUCCUCUUCCAUUUGGCAGCCCCAGCCUUGCAAAUCAUCGUCUCGUCAGGAUGAUUUCGGCGAUGAAAAUAUCAACAGGGCCAAUACCACAGUGACUAACAACAACAUCAACAACAACAACGAAUUACCACAACAGAAGAAGAUGGUGAAACAGCAGCUGGCAUCGUGGAAUGUGGAUGCCCCGCCGUUCUAUUCAGGGAAGCAGAAUCAUCAAGUUCAUGAGACUCUGAAGCGGACAAGGUUGCCGGAUAGUAAGGAUUUUGAGGAUGCUAUUCUGGCGGCAGUUCUGGGUCCUGUUUCUUCAUCGUCGACUAAGGAUGGGCAAGGGAAGCCGCCGCCGGUGCCGGUUGUUGAGUCUCAGGGGUUCAAGGUUGAGAAGAGGCUCAAGGUUUUCCGAGACAUUACUCUGUCCCUCAGCCCACGAGCCUGACUGGACUGGACUGACUACUACUGGAUUUGACUGCAUACUCUCCUGCUGCAACAUUUAUUGCUGGCCAUUAGUGCCCCAUUUUUUUUUUCCUUUCUUUUUUUUAAAUUAUAUUCUAAUCUUGAAGGUUAAGGUAGUAGUAGUAGAGUAAGGAAGAAUAUCAGGUUAAGAUUAGUUGCGGGAGGGAGAAGGUAAACUUGUUCUCCUUGACCACCACUUUACUAAUUGCUGGCCAUUCUUUUACAGUGUUUAGCCCUUAUGGAAUGUGGAAUAAGAAAGUCAAAGAACUCACUUUUAUUUAUUUAAUAAUUUUGGGUU